AUGAGGCUUCUCUGUCUGCUGCAGCUGGUCUGCUUAGCUGUCUGUAGCGCUUCCAGAUUGAGAGACUGGGCUCAUCAUGGUGCCCCCAUGUUUGCCGACCUCUCAGUACGUGAGAUGAAAGCCGUCCGGGCCUAUCUACAUGGUAUUCCAGAGAUGGAGCUCAGUGAUGCUCGCAGCAAGACUCUGAUGAAGAACAGCAUCCUCCUGAUGGAACUCCAUGUGCCAAAGAAGCACGAAGCCUUGAGAGCUCUGGAUCGUGGACAGGCCAAACCCCCACGCCAAGCCCGUGUCAUCAUCCAGUUUGGGAACCAGACCAAGCCCAAUGUCACUGAGUACAUCGUCAGUCCUCUGCCAUCGCCAAAGUCCCAUGAAGUCUUCAUGUUCAAGGGGGAAAAGUUUAUCAGCUUUGAGUCUAGGUCUAUUACAGCUGUAGAGUAUGAGCACAUUAAUGACUUCCUCAUAAAGAUCACACAUAUAGCCAACAAGCUCCUAUUGGAGACCUCAGGAGGGUUUUCUUUCGCAAACUGCUCCGACAACUGCCUUACAUUCUCAGACGUAGGUCCCCGUGGGCUGGGUCCAGGUGAGAGGAGAUCUUGGUUCAUAUUGCAGAAGUUUGUGGAAGGGUAUUUCAUCCACCCAAUUGGGUUUGAGGUACUGAUCAACCACCGGGACGUGAAUCCAGAAAAGUGGACUGUGGAGAAGGUCUGGUACAACAGCGUGUACUUUGAUAGUAUUGAGGAACUAGUAGGGAAAUAUGAAUCAGGGGAAGUGGAGAAGAUCAGACUGGCUGAUCAUGACAACAGUGACCUCUACUCCACCUACAUCCCCCGGGGUCACAGCAACACUCCCACUAACAUCCAUGGGCCAAAGCUUGUUGAGCCUCAGGGGCCUCGCUAUCACAUUGAUCACAACUUUGUUGAAUAUGCUGGAUGGUCGUUUGCCUAUCGAGUGCGCUCCUCAGCUGGGCUUCAAGUCUUUGACCUCCGUUUUAAUGGAGAAAGGAUUGCCUAUGAGAUCAGCCUCCAAGAAGCUAUCGCCUUCUACUCCGGUGACUCUCCCGCUGCCAUGCAAACAAAAUACAUCGAUGGUGGCUGGGCGAUGGGCAGCUCAACCUUCGAGCUGGCUCCUGGGAUAGACUGUCCAGAAAUUGCCACCUUUGUUGACCUUUACCACUACUUUGACACAGACAAACCUCUACGCCACCAAAACGCUCUUUGUAUUUUUGAGAUGACCACUGCUAUGCCAUUGAGAAGGCAUUUCAACGCCGACUUCAAGGGAGGAUACAACUUCUACGCGGGGCUGGAAAACACUGUGCUGGUGUUGCGGACGGUCUCAACCGUGUACAACUAUGAUUACAUCUGGGACUUCCUCUUGUACCAGAAUGGGGUGGCGGAGGUUAAGGUCAGUGCUACGGGAUAUAUCCAUUCUACCUUCUUCACUCCUAAUGGACUUCAGUAUGGCAAUAAGGUGUACCACCAUGUGCUGGGUAACCUGCACACACACCUCAUCCAUUAUAAAGUGGACCUCGAUAUUGCUGGUCGAGAGAACAGCUUUGAGUCAAUUGAUCUGAAAUUUGUCAACUUCACAAAUCCCUGGAGCCCGAACAAUUUCAUUGUGCAGUCCAAACUCCACAGGACAGAGCACAAGACGGAGAGAUCUGCUGCUUUCCGCUUUGGCAAAAAGUUCCCCCGCUACGUGCACUUUUACAACGACAAUGAGAAAAACAAAUGGGGGCACAAGAAGGGUUAUCGUAUUCAGUUUAACUCACAUGCCCACAGUGUCCUUCCAAGAGGCUGGAGAGAGGAGAUUGGAGUCAGUUGGUCAAGGUAUCCUCUUGCUGUGACUCGUCAUAAAGAUAAUGAAGCCAGCAGCAGCAGCAUUUACACCCAGAAUGACCCCUGGGAACCAGUUGUGUCCUUUGAGGACUACCUCCGCAACAAUGAAGACAUAGUCAACCAGGACCUGGUGGCCUGGGUGACGGUGGGCUUCCUGCAUGUGCCUCACUCAGAAGACAUCCCCAACACGGCAACACCUGGCAACUCAGUGGGCUUCUUCCUCCGACCCUUCAACUUCUUCAAUGAAGACCCUUCGCUCUCGUCCAGGAGCACCGUCAUCGUUCGGCCGGGACAAGACGGCAAACCCAAGGUCCAGAGAUGGACCCCUGAGGUCGUAGGUCACUGUGUGUCAGACAAGCCAUUCUUUUACAAUGGCACUUACACAGGAGUCUAGAGGGCAUUUUAUUAUUAAGAUACAAUAUUAUUCAUUUUACUUUUUUUAUUAUUAAAAAUUUAAAAUCACCUGACGUCUAAAAAUG